UGUGUCUAUAUAAAAAUUUACCAUCUCAGCUGAGCUUCGCUCAGUUGGCAACGAUCGGUCGGAUCGUUCGGACGCGUUUUCUUCCCCCUUAGAGGCUCAGUGUGGGUACCAUUGGAGUGUAUGAUAAGUGACAGGUGUACGGAAGUUGACCGUUGGUGGCGAAUGUGACACGACACGUGAUUAGCAAGUGUGACGAUCUGGGAUUAAUUGGAAGAAUAGUCGGAAACCCAGUAAGACCCAGUGGCACAGAUAACGAAUGAUCUCCGGUGUUAGUGCAGUGACAGCAAGGCAGAACGGUUAUUCCCAGGGAUCGCGACAUCGGUGAUAACGCGUCUUCUCGAACUGCCCAAACGAUUGUGAUUCCAAAAUAUUAUUGCACCACAGCUGAAAGGAGAGGAUGCCGAUAGGUUGCUGCUAACUAAUCGAAGCAAAGUGAAAGCAGAUCAACGGGAUUCCCCUCUGGAUAGUCCGGGAGGUGUAGAAUACGCCAAAUAACUUACUACUAAGAUGCUAAUAGAUAAGCAAAUUGUGUUUGCGGCGGUGACGCUAUGCGCCGGAAUCGCCUUCGCAAUUCAAGUGCCCACAUCCGAUCAGAUAAGCAUUACGAGCAGUGAUCGUGCGGAUGGCCUGUCAAAAUAUGGCGGUGUGGGUGGCGAUGAACCUCGGGCGUAUCGUCCGGAUACUUCCUCGCUGGAUUUUGUCUACCACAAUCAUGAUGAUAUGACGCGAUAUCUGAGGGCGACCACCGCGCGCUAUCCCAACCUGACGGCACUGUAUUCGAUUGGGAAGUCGGUUCAGGGCCGCGAACUGUGGGUCAUGGUGGUUUCCUCGUCCCCGUACGAGCACAUCAGCAAACCGGAUGUGAAGUACAUCGGUAACAUCCACGGUAACGAAGCCGUCGGACGUGAACUGCUGCUUCACAUGAUCCAGUACCUGAUCACCAGCUAUACGUCUGAUCCCUACAUCAAGUGGCUAUUGGACAACACCCGUAUCCAUAUCCUGCCCUCGUUGAACCCGGAUGGUUAUGCUGCUUCCAAGGAAGGUACUUGUGACGGCGGACAGGGCCGAUACAACUCGCGUGGUUUCGAUCUGAACCGUAACUUCCCGGAUUACUUCAAGCAGAACAAUAAGCGAUCGCAACCGGAGACAGAAGCCGUCAAGUGGAUCAACAAGAUUCAGUUUGUACUGAGUGGAUCCCUGCACGGGGGUGCUCUAGUGGCCAGUUACCCGUACGAUAACACUCCCAACGCUAAGAUAUGUAGAUCGUCAUCUACCUGCGCCGUAUUCAAUAGCUACGUGUCGCAACCAUCGUUGACACCGGACGACGAUGUGUUCAAGCACCUCUCGCUAACCUACGCCAACAACCACGCUAAGAUGUCUCAAAGAGUGGCCUGCAAGUCCGCUUCGCCCUCGUUCGAGAACGGCAUCACCAACGGUGCAGCUUGGUAUCCACUGACCGGUGGAAUGCAAGACUUCAACUACAUCUGGCACGGUUGCAUGGAAAUCACUCUGGAAGUAUCGUGCUGCAAGUUUCCGCCAGCUUAUGAACUGCGCAAGUACUGGGACGACAAUCAGCUGUCGAUGAUCAAGUUCCUCGCCGAAGCGCACCGAGGUGUUCAAGGGUUCGUCAUGGAUCCCAACGGGGGUCCCAUCGAGCGGGCUCAGCUAAAGAUCAAGGGCAGAGAUGUCGGCUUCAGUACCACCAAAUACGGAGAGUUCUGGCGAAUUCUUAUGCCCGGUGUCUACAAGCUGGAAGGUGUUCGCCGAUGGAUUCGUUCAAGAGACGUCGACUUCAUGGUCGUUGAGCAGCAUCCGCUGCUGAAUGUCACAAUGCAGCCAUCAGAAGGGAUCAGCAAGAAGCCCAAUCCUCCACGCACUGGAAGUCAUGGAGCUGUACAGCAAGGAUUUCGCCAUGUCCAUGUGUUCCAGUCAGCAUUUUCUGUACCAGUGCGAGUCGUUUGCGAAAAUGACGGUCAAGGAAAGAAGGAUUCUACGACGAAACAAGCUAUCUCGGAAUUGCUUACGCCGCGGUCACAGGGCGAAGGAUUGCUCUUCCAAGCUACUGCCGCAAGUGCAGAGGUCGUCACCAUACUCAGCUGUGCAACGUGUCUAAAUGAUUCCACCAGCAACGCGGCCAGCAGUCAACCAGAAACCAAUUGGUUUCUUCCAGUGCUCCCAGCCAACCCAGCAUCCCCAGUGGGUCGCAAACCUCAACUCCAACCGCGCAUACGGGAAUAA